AUGAUAUUCGGCAUUACUGGUCAGGAUGGCUCAUAUUUGAGUGAACUGCUUUUAGAAAAGGGAUAUAUUGUUCAUGGGAUUAUAAGAAGGUGUAGUUCGUUUAACACAAAAAGGAUCGAGCAUAUAUUUGACAAGUUAAUUUUACAUUAUGGUGAUAUCCUUGAUAGUAGUAGUAUAUGUUCUAUAAUACAUGAAAUAAGACCAAAUGAAAUAUACAAUUUAGCUGCACAAAGUCAUGUAAAAGUUAGUUUUGAAUUACCAGAAUACACAGCUGAAGCUACAGGUAUAGGUACUCUACGAAUAUUAGAAGGAAUAAGAAUGUCGAAAAUGCAGAAAAUAAAAUUUUAUAAUGCUUCUACGUCAGAAUUAUUUGGAAAGGUAAAAGCAGCUAUUCAAGAUGAAAAUACGCCAUUUUAUCCUGUAUCACCAUAUGCUAUUGCAAAAUUGUAUGCCCAUUAUAUAACAAUAAAUUAUAGGGAAUCAUAUAAUAUGUUUUGUGUGAAUGGCAUAUUAUUUAAUCAUGAAAGUCCAAGAAGAGGGGAAACAUUUGUUACUAGGAAAAUAACUAGGGGUAUUGCAAGAAUUUGUAAAAAUGUUCAAACAGUUAUAACGUUAGGAAAUAUUGAUACAUACAGAGAUUGGGGGCAUGCUAAAGAUUAUGUACAUGCCAUGUAUUUAAUGUUACAACAAGAUAAACCUGACGAUUUUGUUAUUUGCUCUAAUGAACAACAUUCUGUAAGAGAAUUUUGUGAAAUAGCUUUUUCCUUUGUAGGUAUUUAUUUAAAAUGGGUUUAUCAAGGUAUUAAUGAAAUAGGUCUAGAUCAACGGAACAAUAUUGUAAUUAAUAAAGAUAUGAAAUAUUUUAGAAAAAGUGAAGUUCUUACGUUAUUAGGGGAUUGUUCUAAGGCAAAAAAUAUUUUAAAAUGGAAACCAACUUACAACUUUUUUCAGCUCGUUUAUGAAAUGUUAAAACAUGAUUUCGAGGACUGUCAUUUAGCUAUAGACGAUUAUGAAACUUGUUUAGGGCGAUACCAUGCCUAUAAGAGCGACUCGCACGUAACGAACUAA